GAUCCCGCUGUAUCUCACUGCUGCACCGCGACUUACAUGGAGAAGAAAUGGCGAACUCCGACCGAGCCGACACUGCAAUAGCCUUCGUCUACAGGGGCACGUUUGUCCACUCGACUCAGCAAACGGCGCUACAGAUCCUGAAAGAUGCGCUCCUGGGAGUGGAUGCACAGGGAAAGAUUGCUUUUAUUAGGGAAGGCAAGGAGUUAGAAAAACUGUCCCAGACCUUUGGAUUCAAAACAUCUGACAUCACUCAGCUGGCACAACAUGAGUUCUUCAUGCCAGGACUUGUAGAUACCCACAUCCAUGCAUCACAGUACAGCUACGCUGGCACCGCAUUGGACAUGCCGUUACUGCAGUGGCUUAAUGCUUACACCUUUCCUGUGGAGUCAUGCUUCAAGGACUUGGAGUUCGCCCGCAAGGUCUACACUCAAAUAGUGAGAAGAACUCUGAGAAAUGGAACAACGACUGCAUGCUACUUUGCUACGAUUCACACUGAAGCUUCUCUUUUGCUGGGCCAGAUUGCAAAUGACUUUGGACAGCGUGCUUUGGUUGGCAAGGUGUGCAUGGACAGGAACGAUUGUGUGAAACAUUACAAAGAGACCUUGCAGGACUCUCAAGACGAGACCUGUCGGUUCAUUAAAGAGCUUCUGGAGAAAAAGUACCCUUUAGUGAAGCCUGUGGUGACUCCCCGUUUCGCUCCAUCCUGCACAGGAGCGUUGCUCGAGCAGCUGGGAGAAAUCGCUAAAAAUAACAACCUGCACAUUCAGAGUCAUAUCAGUGAAACUCAUGAGGAAGUAAAGCUUGUAAAGGAGCUGUUUCCCGAAUCAGAGUCUUACACAGAUGUCUAUCGCAAACACAACCUGCUAACUGACAAGACAGUGAUGGCCCACGGGUGCCACCUCAGUGAUGAAGAGUUGGCUCUGUUCAGAGAGACUGGAGCCUCUUUGUCCCACUGUCCCAAUUCCAACUUUUCGUUGUGCAGUGGAGUGUUAAAUGUCCGCAACGUCCUGAAACACAAAGUAAAGUUGGGGCUGGGAACAGAUGUGGCUGGAGGCUACUCCGCCUCUAUGCUCGAUGCUGUGAGGAGAGCUCUGGAUGCAUCUAAAGUCUUGACCAUCCAGGACCCAAAAUACAAAACACUCAGUUUUGAGGAGGUGUUCAGAAUAGCCACACUGGGAGGCAGUCAGGCCUUGUCCUUAGAUGACCAAACAGGGAACUUUGAAGUUGGCAAAGACUUUGAUGCCCUGAGGAUUAAUGUAGCUGCUGAGGGUGGGCCUAUCGAUCUCAUCCAGGACGAGGAACCAAAGAUUCUUUUGGAAAAAUUCUUGAAUUUGGGUGAUGAUCGUAACAUCGUGGAGGUGUUUGUAGCUGGCAGGAGGGUGGUGCCGAUCACAGAAUAAAUACAACUGUACCUGUCUCACAGCCUAAAAUACAGGUCCAGGAUAUCCAACACGACAGAAAUCAACCCUGUGCCUGCAAAAGAGACAAAAUUGAAUUAAUCAGAGCAUAAAACAGAGACUGUAUUUCAAUUCACACAAGCCCAGUGGUAACCUGAGCUGGAAUACAGUCUGCUGCAUGAGUCUUUGAACAUAACUGCUACAUUGUAAAAAGGAGAAUAAGGGAUUUAAUAACUGAACUUUGCACUUUUUUAGACGGUUGUUGCCAGAAGAGAGCCAGGUGUGUGUCAUUUUUGCCUACUACUAAUGCACCACCACUCUCUGAUUAACAAAGCACUUUUUUAAAAUCUUCCAUUUGUUCACAAAGUCAUCAUGCUUAUUAUUUAAACUUCUUCCUUAAAUUUAUUUAUUUUUUUUAAAUCCUGGAGAAGUUUUAAAUACUAGUUUUCUAUUGCGGGUUGAUGUUUCAGUGUCACAAUUGUCCACGAAGUUUUGUGCUUGUGAUUUAAAGAUGCUCAGUGUGCCACUGCAGUGCCUGACCCGAUUAUCUUCAGUGGUUGAUGCUCCAAUUUUUAAUGCUUGUGCAGCUAAAGCAUCCUUUGUGAUCCAAAAACUGGAACUGACUCGACUUCUGAUUAUAAAAUACCAAAUAGCACAUGAUUAUACAACCCCAAUUCCAAAAAUCCUCAUCCCCUCUUCUUUUAGCAGCAAUCCAUAAACGUUUAGAAAGUGAGGAGACAGAUUUCUGGACUUCUUGAGGAAGACUGUUGUCAUAUAUUGGCCUGAGCAUUGUAGCUCCUCAACAGUCCUGGGUCUUCUUUGCUGUAUUUUCCAUUUCAUAAUAUGCCUGUACUGCAGGCAGGCCACCACCCAGAUUCUUCUACUAUGAAACCAUGCUGUUUCUUUUUAGUACCACUUACCUUUCCAGCCUUUUCUUGUCCUCUGCUCACUGUUUUGAGACGUGCUGCUGAUGUCAUAUUCAUAAUCAACCAAGAUUUAUUCAUAAAAUCGUACAUUUUCUCAUUUUAAACAUUUGAUAUGUUUUCUGUAUUUUAUUGUAAUUUAAAUAUGGGUUUUUACAUAGAGUCCCAUCUUUUUGGGAACUGGGGUUUUGCUGCUUAAUAGAAAGCUCUUAACUGAGGUCUUACAUUUUAAAUUGUGAGACUUUUUCUAUACAUAUAUACGAUAAAAUGAAACAUUUCCAAACUUUUUUGUUACUAACUUACCUGGUGGUCAUACAAAUCCAUAGUCAGCUUUAAUUCACUGAGAAUAUUUUCAGUGUGUCAGUGCUGCCAGUUAUAGUUCAAACAGACUAUGUAUAGGUUACUGUAACAGACUUUUUCAGCUGUUAGGGAAUGAAGAGAAUAAUAAUUUGAACUUAUUGCAUAAUAUGUAUUAGCUUUAAUACUUGUAUUUAAGACAAGUCUAAUUUUUUUAACUGCUAAUUUUUUAUCGCACUGUAAUAAAAGUCAAGUCUUGCAAACUUGCUCGUCUUUGAUGUGUGACAUCAUCUGUGAUUGAAAUAAAGAAUGACGCCAAGAUUG